GCAGCACUGGCUCGAUCGUCAACAGAAACAACAAUAACGGCCAUUAAUAAUCGCUCCUCUCUGAUUCAUUUCCAACCACUGACAACGGCAACAACCGCGUUGUUGAAUGCCAUCAUCAUGCUGGUGUCACGGAUGCGGAUGAGCGUGCUGGCGCUGGUUGCGCUGCUUGCGCUGAACGUGUAUGUGUUUGUGGAGCGAUCCACGCUGGAGAAGCAACUUGAACGCCAGGAACGCGCCUAUGACAACUCCCUCAACAUCAUCAGCGACUGUCGGGAACAGCUGAAGAUGCUUGUUGACGAUCGAAACAAGUUGCGGAAGGAGCGGCGUGAGGUUGUCGUGGAGGAGAACGGACUCCUCCUCAAGGAGCAGGCCAAGCUUGAGACAUGCCAAGAGGAACUGGAACAGAUCAAAGGGAAGGACAUGCACGAGGCCGUGUUCAACCGAGCCGUGUUUGAGGCGCGCAGACGCCGCAGCGUAUAUCUUCACGACUCCCUCGCUGCCAUCCAAGCAGUAGCCCUCAUGUCAGGCCGCACACCGGGAUCGGUGCUUGGCGAAGACCCCGACGACGAGAUGGUGCGCAACACGCUCAUCGCCGCCACCGCAUCCCGCCUCCAGUGCGAUGUGGCGAGGCUGCAGGCGCUGCCAACGCCGGUAAUCACGGAGGUGGCGCUGGGUCUGUUGCAGGAGGAGCGACAGCAGCAGCAGCAACAACAGGAGGGGGAUGUGGAACAAGACGCACAGGGCGGAGAUCAGCAGGCAAUGGGCGCUAGAGGAGAAGAUGACACUGCACACGUCAACAAUGCAUGAUGAUCGUGGACGCGUUGGUGGGCAUGUGUGCGUAUGUGUGUUUGUACCUGUGUGUGCGUGCGUGUGUGCGCGUGUGUGUUUGUAUCUCUCUCUCUCUCGCCCUCCCUCUCUGUACUAUCUGUGCUGUCUGUCUGUCUGUCUCCGUCUGUCUGUCUGUUUCUCUCCUUCUCUGCACUGUCUCUGCAACCUUGCUGUUGUUGCUGUUACUGUGGAGCACAGGUGGUGUUGCUUGAACAGACGUUGCUACACCCAAUCGUUUCAAGGGCACAUGCAUGUGUGCUGCCUUGAUGCAGUUAAACUCCAAUCACCUCACGAG